AUGAGAAAUGGAAACAAGGUCUCAAGAACGAGGAGCCCCUUAGAGUCUGUUGGUUACCGGCGAAAAGUGCUUACUUUGGGCAAGCCCGAUCCAGCUCCCGCGGGGAGCCCACAUACUCCCUCACUUAGUAUUUCUGAACCCCGUUCUUCGCAAGGAGAGCUGAGGGGGUUCUGGGAUACUUGGAAUCUGUCCCUUAGGCAGAAACUCAGCAGCCUCCAGCCGCCGCUGCCCGGGGCUGACCCUGUGGAGCGGAUCCCCCACCCGCGGCCCCAACCUCCCAGCUCUGCAAAGGGAGGGGGGAAAGAGGGAGCCGCGCACAGCAGCCUUCCCGGAGCUGCAGACACGGAGCUCGGAGCCCUGGGAGCCUCUAGGCGGCUUUCCCUUGGCUGCGCGGGUGUGCAGGCUCUCCCCGCCACCCCCACCGCGACUCGCUUUCCUCGCUCCCUCCCUCCAGCCCCGCCGGCCGGAGCGCGCACACCGGGGCUCCGGCACGUGGGCGCGCGGGAGGCGGCGGCCGCUGCUGCCGCUGCCGGAGCCCAAGACCGAGCCGGCGAGAUCGCCCUCCAUGCUGCGGGCUCGGUGGCCGCUUUCCGCUCAGCCUCUGGCCGGAGCUCAGCUCUCCAAGCCCGCAAAGCAGGGAAGCGGAGGAGGACGCGGACAGGUGCAGGGGUACCGAGGGUUGGGGCGAGCGGGGCUGUGAGCCGGCGCGCCCGCAGCCGGGAGGAGGCGACCGGUUCGCUCCCUCGCUCUUUCGCUCGCUGGCUCACUCGCUCCUCCAGCCGCUGCUGGGGCUUCCAGGCGGCGCGAUGCUGCUGCGCUCCUCCUAGGCGGCGGCCAGCCGAGGCUUCCCGGAGCGGCCAGGUCCACGCCAGUCCCCGCUCGGCGAACGAGUCUGGGUGCAUCCGGGGGGCACGCGCCCGGCAGCUCCAGCCGAAGCGAGCGCCAAGUCUGAAGUCGGUCCCCAGCGCCGCCAACUUCCCCGGGAGCUCCUCGCCCCGCCGCAGCCUGCGCCAGCCCUGGGAGCGAUGCGCCCCCAGCCGGGCGCCGCGCCCUCUGCCAACUCGCCACCCAUGGGAUCGACUGCCCUCGGCUGCCCCGCUUGGAGCGCUUAGCCUUCACCACGUAGCCGGGAGUGGAGCGAGAUCACCAAGGUGUUUAGCGGAUCCCGCGCGCCAGUCUGCUGGGGUCUCCUGCGUGGGCAGCGUCCAGACUCUGGGAUUUUUUACUUGGAUUUUGGAUUUGACUCUGGGGUGAGAAGAAAAUAUUCCUUCCUCCUAG